CCCCCUUUGUGGUUUACUCCGCCCCCGGCCCGCGUGCACUCGGUAUGCGCGCGGCGGACUGACAGCUCGGCUGCCUGCUUCAAACGGAGAGCUUUCCACGCGACCACAGACCGAAAGCCGUGCGCGACUCCACCACAUCGGUCAAAUGCGGCUUUAUUUCCUUACAACUUUCACGACUGACACUCAUGUCUCCGUUAGGCUACUGUCGGUAACGCUACACUGAGUUGAAAAAUCCGUUGCUUUGAUUUCGUGCUCAGUGUAAAAACGACAUUUUGUGUCAGAAGACUAUGGUUUCGCAGUGGAGUUAUAUCAAACCUCUUUGCAUCAAAGUGUGGAUCUGCCUUCUCAGCUGUGCUGUGUUGAGAACACACAGCAUUCCAAAUAAUGAAGUGAAUUUACUGGAUUCUCGAUCAGUGACGGGUGACUUGGGAUGGAUAGCGUACCCGAAGAACGGGUGGGAAGAGAUCGGCGAGGUGGACGAGAACUACACGCCCAUCCACACGUACCAGGUGUGCAAGGUGAUGGAGCAUAACCAGAACAACUGGCUUCAGACCAACUGGAUCCUGAACGAGGGCGCCCUGCGCGUGUUCGUGGAGCUCCAGUUCACGCUGCGGGACUGCAACAGCCUGCCCGGGGGCCUCGGCACCUGCAAGGAGACCUUCAACAUGUACUACUACGAGUCGAACGACGAGGAGGGCCGCAACGUGCGCGAGAGCCAGUACACCAAGGUGGACACCAUCGCCGCCGACGAGAGCUUCACGGAGCUGGACCUGGGGGACCGGGUGAUGAAGCUGAACACGGAGGUCCGGGACCUGGGGCCCCUCACCAGGAAGGGCUUCUACCUGGCCUUCCAGGACCUGGGCGCCUGCAUCGCUCUGGUGUCGGUGCGCGUCUUCUACAAGAAGUGCCCCGUCUUGCUCCAGAAUCUCGCCCUCUUCCCGGACACCAUAACGGGGUCGGACUCCUCGCAGCUCCUGGAGGUGUCGGGCGCUUGUGUCAACAACUCCGUGGCCGACGACCCGCCCAGGAUGCACUGCAGUGCGGAAGGGGAGUGGCUGGUACCCAUCGGGAGGUGUGUGUGCCAGGCGGGCUUUGAAGAAGUUAAUGGCACCUGUCAAGUGUGUAAGCCCGGGUUCUACCGCUCGGCACCGCAGACCCAGAGCUGCAGCAAGUGCCCCCCCCACAGCUCCACCCGGGCCGAGGCCUCCACCGCCUGCCAGUGCGACGCCGGAUACUACCGACGGGACUCCGACCCCACCAACAUGGCGUGCACAAAGCCCCCCUCCGCGCCCCGUAACGCCAUCUCCAACGUGAACGAGACGAGUGUGUUCCUGGAGUGGGCCGCCCCGGAGGAGGCUGGCGGCCGUAAGGACCUGAGCUACAGCCUCCUGUGCCGUAAGGUCAGCAGCGUGGAGCCGCCGGGCCGGCAGUACGAGCCGUGCGGGAGCCACGUGCGCUACCUCCCCCAGCGCACCGGCCUGCGCAACAACUCCGUCAUGGUGGCCGACCUGCUGGCGCACACCAACUACACCUUCGAGGUGGAGGCCGUCAACGGCGUCUCGGAGCUCCUGGCCCCGCUCCGCCACUUCGUCUCGCUCAACGUCACCACCAACCAGGCCGCUCCUUCUCCUAUCAGCGUGGUGAAGAAGGGCCAGACGGGCAAGAACAGCAUCGCCUUGUCCUGGCAAGAGCCCGAUCGUCCCAACGGCAUCAUUCUAGAAUACGAGAUCAAGUACUUUGAAAAGGAUCAGGAGACCAGCUACACCAUCAUCAAGUCCAAGGAGACGGCGAUCGUGGCCGACGGUCUGAAGCCCUCGUCUGCGUACAUCUUCCAGAUCAGAGCUCGCACCUCCGCGGGAUACGGCGGCUUCAGCCGGCGCUUCGAGUUCGAGACCAGCCCCUACUUGGCGGCGUCCAGUGAGCAGGGCCAGGUCCCCAUCAUCGCCGUGGCCGUUACCGUGGGGAUCAUCCUGCUGGCGCUCGUCACCGGCUUCCUCCUCAGCGGACGGCGCUGUGGCUACAGCAAGGCCAAACAGGACCCCGAGGAGGAGAAGAUGCACUUCCACAACGGCCACAUCAAAUUCCCGGGAGUGCGCACAUACAUUGACCCGCACACGUACGAGGACCCCAACCAGGCGGUCCACGAGUUCGCCAAAGAGAUCGAAGUUUCCUGCAUCACCAUCGAGAGAGUGAUCGGAGCCGGGGAGUUUGGGGAGGUGUGCUGUGGACCUCUGAGGCUCCCUGGGAAGAGAGAGUUCCCGGUGGCCAUUAAGACCCUGAAGGCCGGCUACACGGAGAAACAGCGCCGAGACUUCCUGGGAGAGGCGAGCAUCAUGGGACAGUUCGACCACCCCAACAUCAUCCACCUGGAGGGCGUGGUCACGAAGAGUAAACCUGUGAUGAUCAUCACAGAAUACAUGGAGAAUGGAUCUCUUGAUGCCUUCCUGAGGAAGAACGACGGGCAGUUCACGGUGAUCCAGUUGGUGGGCAUGCUGCGUGGCAUCGCGUCGGGCAUGCGCUACCUCUCGGACAUGGGCUACGUGCACCGCGACCUCGCUGCCCGCAACAUCCUGGUCAACAGCAACCUGGUGUGCAAGGUGUCCGACUUCGGCCUGUCCCGCGUGCUCGAGGACGACCCCGAGGCAGCCUACACCACACGGGGGGGCAAGAUCCCCAUCCGGUGGACGGCUCCGGAGGCGAUCGCCUACCGCAAGUUCACGUCCGCCAGCGACGCGUGGAGCUACGGCAUCGUCAUGUGGGAGGUGAUGUCAUACGGCGAGCGCCCGUACUGGGAGAUGAGCAAUCAAGACGUGAUCAAGGCGGUCGAGGAGAACUACCGGCUGCCCGCGCCCAUGGACUGCCCGACGGCCCUCUACCACCUCAUGAUGGACUGCUGGCAGAAAGAACGGAACAGCCGGCCCAAGUUUGAGGAGAUCGUCAGCAUCCUGGACAAACUCAUCCGCAACCCCAGCAGCCUGAAAACCCUCGCCAACUGCUCCAACAGGGUGUCCAAUUUAUUAGUGGAACAGGAGAGUGGGGAGUGCGCACUCUACCGAUCUGUCAGCGAGUGGUUAGAGGCCAUUAAGAUGGGUCGAUACGCCGAGCUUUUCAUGGAAAGUGGAUACACUUCGAUGGAGGUGGUUGCUCAGAUGACCUUGGAUGAUGUGAGACGGGUGGGUGUGAACCUCGCCGGGCACCAGAAGAAGAUCCUGAACAGCAUCCAGGAGAUGAGGGUUCAGAUGAUCCACGUGGCAGUGCCAAUCUGAUGCCCGCGUGCCAAUCUGAUGCCCGCGUGUGCAGAUCACCCCUGCAGAACUACGUAGCCGAGCACUUUUUACCACUGACUGCGAACACAUAUUUAUAUUUAUUGAACAGAAAAGGAAGAAAAACACUAAAAGGGAAGUGACUCCUCGUAUGAACGGAGGAACAAACUGGCAGCGGACAGACAGACAGAUGGACCAGCCGCUGCACGCUUGUUUUUGGUCCCGGCUCCUCCAUCGAGCAGUUUCAGUUUCAGUUUCAGUUUCAGUUUCAGUCUCUUCUCCUCCUUGUUUUUGGGGAAGACUAAGGCGAUGCAUGGGUGAGCCGUGGUGGGAGAGGGUGGCACAUGGGUGAGAGGGUGGCACAUGGGUGAGUCGUGGUGGGAGAGGGUGGCACAUGGGUGAGCCGUGGGGGGAGAGGGUGGCACAUUCCCAGAAGAGGCAGUGGGUGGCGCGUGUCACGGCAUUUUCUGGGCUGAAUGUAUAGCACUUUUUUUCAGACCUCAUUCAAACGGAUCUAAUUACCUCCAGAACCGCCUCAGAACCAACCCCUUAUCAUUCCCACCUGAUAAGAACAUGGAAGCCAAAUUCAUGCAGUACCAGUAACCCAUAUCAUUUUUAUUUUGUUGUGGAAUUACAGAAGAAAACGUGUAUUGAAGAGCAAUAUUAGACAUAAUGGUAGACUAUUUUUGAUUUGUUUUAUGUAACGGCAAGCAAUGGACAUUAUUCUCCUUUUUUUGCACAAAUAUGUGUCUUAACAUGGGGGACAGAAGCAGAAGACAGAGAAGUACAUCACGGUUUUAAUGGUUUCCUCACUGGUUUGCUAAUGUUUGGUGUGUAAAUACUGUACAGGGCAGGAGGCGGGGCCAAAGGGCCACCGGAGGCGGGGCCUAAGGGCCACAGGAGGCGGGGCCAAAUGGCCACAGUAGGCUUCUCUUCUUGUGACCAGGGGGCAUUAGCCAGGUUCGGACCCUAACCCUAACCCUACCCUGAAGCAUACUUAUGUACAGUCAGGGGGCAUUAGCCAGGUUUGGACCCGAACCCUAACCUACCCUGAUGCACACUUAUGUACAGUCAGGGGGCAUUAGCCAGGUUUGGACCUGAACCCGAACCCUAACCUUACCCUGAAGCAUACUUAUGUACAGUCUAGUUCAUGAAUCUUUUCUCUGGCUUGUCAUGGUUGUCAUGGCAAAGUUGCACUUCCAUCAGGCAGCUCUGGCUGUUCUGCUUCAGUCAUGUUGAUGAUUAAUAAUCUGUUUGUUAUUUAAUUAAGCGCUCCCUGACGCUCACUCCCUGAGUUCUGUGCUGACUGUGAUUUUUGUCAAGGUUUCUUUUGUUUCUUUCAGUCUGUUCUAAUUUAUGGAGUCAAGACUUUGUUCAGUAUUUGUCAGAUGUGCACAGUGUUGAGGACACAUGGCUUUCCUGUAGGUUUGGACCACGGCACAGACAGACAGCCUCUCUUGAAGGCAGCCGCCCUGUGGCACAGACAGCCAGCCUCUCUUGAAGGCAGCCGCCCUGUGGCCUGCACUCUACACACACCUCCGACAGUAACCAUCUGGUUGAGUCUUUAUUUGUUGGUCAUUGAGGACCCACCCUGUUUGGACUAAAGAAGAGAACGUGUCGUUAUUUGGUAAAUUAGCCUGAAAAUGAAAAUACUUUUAAGUAUUCCUGAAUGUCGAAUGUCAUUAUGUAGUGGUUGAGAUCCUCGUGUUGGCAUUGAUUAAGUUACCGCAGCGGAUUCCCUCAGAGGCGAACACUCCCAGCGAACAAACAAGAGGAGAGUUGGUCAGUUUAAGUGCCUGCUUUGUCUCACUCAGAAUAUUUGACUUCUUCUAUAAAUUUCCCUUUUAUUUCUGAGGAGUCUUGAGAAUGAGUUACAACCUGCAGUAUGUGGAGGUCAGAACAUGUCCAGCCUUGAAGACCAAACAGCAAUACAGGAGUACGCGCUGAGCUAAUACAGAAGCUAACUUCAUACGCGCUGAGAUAAUACAGGAGCUAACUUCAUAUGCGCUGAGCUAACUUCAUAAGCGCUGAGCUAAGCUAAUACAGGAGCUAACUUCAUAAGCGCUGAGAUAAUACAGGAGCUAACUUCAUAUGCGCUGAGUUAACUUCAAAUGCACUAAGCUGAUACAGGAGUACGCGCUGAGCUAAUACAGGAGCUAACAUAAUUAGCGCUGAGUUAACUUCAAAUGCACUAAGCUGAUACAGGAGUGUGUGCUGAGCUAACUUUCAGAUGCGUCUGUGAACUUAUAUAGCAAGUAUGACAUCCCACAGGGUCCCCUGCUUCAGUGACUUAGGAAUGGAAUGUGUUGACUGGCAUUAUACGAAUCAAAUUUUGUUAGCACUUUAUAAACUCUCUCUUGCCCAGUUCUUGUUUUAAUUAAAAUAAUAAACAACACCGUAUUUUUCUUCUGUCUUAGUGUUUGUAUGAAUAUAGGUCUGAGUAUUGUGAAGUCGUUUUUUUUCUUCAGAAUCCAAAGAAGUAGUUAAAUUGUCCCCAAACUCACCUCGCGGUCUGGCCUUUGCAGGAGCACGAGACUGGAGGCAGGAUCCGAGUAGGAUUUGCCUCUGUACUCAUUGUUCCGAGCAACUACAUGACUCACUCCCAUUCUGCCAGUCAAAAACAAAGCCGUUUUUUAAACAGUAAUGGACUAAAUGAUCUUCUUUUUUUUUUUUUUUAAGGGCAAUAUUUCCCAGUGUUUAAAAAUAUUUGAUUUAAUUUGCAGUGGAUC